GCGGCUAAGGUAGACUCACGUCGCCAUGGCAAGCCGAAAAACUUCGCCCUCAAACCGGGACAGUGGGGACAAAUACUCAGUACUGUUACCCACCUACAACGAGAGGGAAAACCUGCCUCUGAUAGUUUGGCUUUUGGUGAAAUAUUUCGGGGAAAGUGGUUUUAACUACGAGAUAAUUGUCAUUGACGACGGAAGCCCAGAUGGGACACUGGAGGUGGCAGAGCAGCUGCAGAAAAUAUACGGAGAGGACAAGAUACUUCUGCGACCAAGAGCGAAAAAAUUAGGCCUAGGCACUGCUUACAUCCACGGCAUGAAGCACGCCACAGGGAACUUCAUCAUCAUAAUGGACGCAGACCUUUCCCAUCAUCCUAAAUUCAUCCCAGAGUUUAUAGAGUAA